AUGGCCCGCGCCAAAGCCGCGCUGGGAGAGCUGGCGGGGACGCCAUGCCCGUUUGCGGCGUUUGGAGCGGCGGUGGUGAACCACACUGCGGGGCCCGCUGAUGACGAUGGUGGGGAGCUGGUUUGUUUGGGCGUCAAUAGUGUGAGGAGGGAUGGGAAUCCCACGCUGCAUGGCGAAGUCGCGGCCAUCAACAACUGCACCUCAAUCCUGACCUCGCCUGAUGGACCCUACAAGUACAACGGCCAACAGGCGCUCGACGCCCUCACACAACUGAGUCUGUACACAACCGCCGAAGCCUGUCCGAUGUGCGCCUCGGCAAUAGCCCAAGCCAACUUCGCCGAAUACAUCUUUGCGACGUCCAUCCCGGACCUGAUCUCCUGGGGCUGGCCUCAGAUCUCCAUUCGCUCCCUCGAGGUCUUCGAACGCUCGGCCGGCGUGCAGAGGAGGCAGGUGACGCGCAUCGUGCAGGGCGUGCUGCGGGAGGAGACGGAUCCGCUGUUCCAGUGGCAGUUUCAAGCGCGGGGCGAGUGUCCGCGUGGCUGUGCGCGGGAGGGGAAGGGGGUUUGCGGCGCUGUUAAAGAAGACGGGGAGCAUGAUGAGCUUUAA